ACAUUCCAGCCAGAAUUUUGGCGUCUUACUGUUUCGGUUCUAAUUCCAAAGGAAGACCAGAAGAAUGACGAGUCGCGAUCAUAUCAUACGGGCAGUAGUGAACCACCGAAUGAUCCUAUUUCACCGCCGAUGGGCGGUAAUAUUGACACAACAGAUCGGCGUCUUCGUCGUCAAAUUGCCAAUUGCAACGAACGUCGUCGUAUGCAAAGUAUCAAUGCCGGUUUUCAAUCACUGAAGUUACUAUUGCCUAGAAAGGAUGGUGAAAAGUUGAGCAAAGCUGCAAUACUACAACAUACAGUGGAACUGAUUCAGACAUUACGUGCUGAGAAAAUGAAGCUCAUCGAAGAGAAAGAAACAUUUAUAAAUGCCAAAAAGCGAAAGAUUCAAGAUGAAAAUAUGCGGGAACGUGGUGUAAUAGGUGAAUUAACGGCUGCUUUGGAACAUGAGCGUCGUUUGCGACACCUUUAUGAGAGAAUGUUUAAUUUAUGGACGAAUUCUCCGGUGCUUUCACAAUUUCUCUCAAAACCGAACACAUCAAUUAUUAAUCCGGCUAUUGCACUGCAGAGUGUCGUGCCACCAGUUCUACAUACGCGUGAAUUUACAGGACUUUUACCUCCUGCGUUUCUGAUCGAUAAUCUGCUCACAAACGCACGAGUAGGUAAUAAUGGUUGUGGUGCUGGUAAUGAUAGUAGUAGUGGUAGUGUUGGACCACUGCAAACUACGAGUUUCGAUUUGAGCAUGUUUACGGGUAAUUUGAUAUCUGAAACAGCAGUGUCAGCAAUAGGAACUAGCAAUGAGGCACGCUUUAUUGACGACAGAAAACCUUCACCAUCACAAACACAGCCACCACCAAUCGGUGAUUUACUCACGCGUCCAUCGCCAUUUCUCUUUAAUUCUCUGGAAAAUGCCACAGGAGCCAAUUUGAAUUCAAAUUUCUACACAAUUCUGGAAGCAAUUCGACAAUUAGAAGAAAGUGCUUCAAAUAUUAGUGGUCCCACUGCUACGUCAACAGUAAGUCAGCAGCAGCAACAGCAGCAACCGAAUGUGCUGGUUCGUUAA